CGGGGUCAGUGGCGGCCGCGAUGGCGUCGCUGUUCGGUGGCGUGGAGGGCGGGGGCACCCACUCCAGGGUGGUGCUGGUGUCCGGGGAUGGCCAGAUCGUGGCCGAGAGCGAGGGACCCUGCACCAACCACUGGCUCAUCGGCUCCGAGAAGUGCCUGGAGAGGAUCGAGCGCAUGGUCACCGAGGCCAAGAGCAAGGCGGGCGCCGACCCCCGGGCGCCCCUGCGCUCCCUGGGGCUGUCGCUGAGCGGCGGGGACCAGCAGGACGCCGUCGGGAAGCUGACGGAGGAGCUGCGGCGCCGCUUCCCCCACCUGAGCCAGAGCUACCUCAUCACCACCGACGCCAUGGGGGCCAUGGCCACGGCCACCGACCACGGUGGCAUCGUGCUGAUCUCGGGCACGGGCUCCAACUGCAAACUCAUCAACCCCGACGGCUCCGAGAGCGGCUGCGGCGGCUGGGGACACAUGAUGGGGGACGAAGGCUCCGCGUACUGGAUCGCUCACCAGGCUGUCAAGAUGGUCUUUGACUGCAUGGACAACCUGGAGGUGCCGCCCCACGACGUCGCCUACGUCAGGCAGGCCAUGUUUGACUACUUCCAGAUCUCGGACAGGAUGGGGCUCCUCACCCACCUCUACCGCACCUUCGAGAAGUCCAAAUUUGCGGGAUUUUGCCAGAAACUGGCGGAAGAGGGUAGGGAAACCCCUUCCCAGGGAAUGACCCCAUUGUCCCUGUCACCUGUCAGUCCCUGUGCCCAGCUCGGUGACCCGCUGUGCUGCCACAUCUUCACCAAGGCGGGCGAGGUGCUGGCGCGCCACGUGGUGGCCGUGCUGCCCAAAAUCCACCAGGCUGAGCUGGGGCUGCCCAUCGUGUCGCGUGGGCUCGGUGUGGAACAGCUGGGAGCGCCUGCAGGAGGGGUUCAUCCGGUUGCUGGAGCAAGCGCUGGCAGCGGCCGAGGAUUUCACGCGGUUCAGCCUGCUGAAGCUGAAGCGCUCCUCAGCGCUGGGGGAAGCGCGCUCGGGCGCAAGCGUGGGGCGGCGCUGCGGCUGGAUCGACGCCAACGUAGCGUGGGCGUGUUCUACCGCCGCGUGUUCUGA